GCACAAGAUCAAACGGGAACUGAUGCCGCCGGGACCGGAUUGAAUGUGACCGUGCUGAGCCAAUCAUCACCGACAUCCAGUGCGAGCGUGUCCGAGACCACAUGGUUGGACGAUGAGGAGUUCGAAGACGAUUCCGGAGAGGAGGCAGGUAAACAAAAUUUGCCCGAUCCGGAACUGUUCGAUACAAUGAUUGAAACUACCCUGGCCUGGUUGUUGGCGAUGGAGGAACAAUUUGCGAACAAUGAUCUGACCAAACACGAUCAGUCCCUACAGUUGACGGAACGAUUUCAAUGGUCAGACUAUUGUCAAUCGGAUGUGAAAAAGAAUUUGCACACAUUCACACAUUUGACAACAGAGGAACGAAAUGAAGUAGAACUGUUGACAACACUGAGUGCGGAACGUUUGAAAAUGUUACAUGGGAAGAUAUUGGCACGUGUGGAUGAAGCCAUGACACAUUUUGAAGUUCAUGAGGAUCUCACUGCUCAUCUGUCUCGAAGACAAAUGUCUGUCGGCCGCUGCCUUCGCCUCGGUUCCCGUAUCAUUCAAGCGUGUCGAGACAAAACUCAAUUGGAACAGAAUAGCACGCUAGAAAACGGUCAAACAUUGACCGAUUUGGACCGCGAAGAUUAUGCUCGCGUUCGUGAACGAUUGUUAGCCAUGGACCCGGAAGUGAUACAACGUCAGACCGCCCUGCUGGCCACCCGUUGGAACAAUCUAUGCCGUAUUAAUCAGACCUUGGGUCGUCGAAUCACCACGUGUCUAUUGAGAAGACAAGGCAUGCUGCUGAUUGCUAUUCGAUUACAACUGGAAAAACUUGAAGCAGAACAUCGCCUGGUCGAAUGGGUCAAUACGCGAUACGCUAAAUUGCAGAACGCCCUACUACAUUGGCGUCAUUUCGAGGAAGAAGCUAGUGUACUAUCUGACUGGUUAACCGAACGAGCGGAAGAGGUGGGACGUAUCUCGGCCAUGGCCAAUGCCACACACGCGAAAUCAAUAGCUCGUCACGCAUCUGGCGAGCGUGAGUUAAAUUCCACUACAUCCUCACUUAGAUCAUUGGAACGUUUGUCUGCCUCCAAAAUUGGUGGCCGAGAUCCUGACUCGGAGCGAAGUACACCGUCAGGCGAUCAAUCGGUAACAAACGAAAGCAUUCAGAGGCUUUUGGAGCAAAACGAGGCGGAAAUGGAAGCAGUUGAUGCCUGUCUAGCAAUGCACGAAUCACGUUGGGCUCAGCUGUUAGCCAGUCUGGAUAGGCGGGCUCAAGCGCUGAGAGAUUCGUGUGGGGAUACGGAAGAAGUGAGUCGACUGGUAGAAUCAACAGUGGAUCAACUGGUCUCCCGAUGGAGUCAACUUGCUGAACCCCAACUGUCUACCGAUGCAUGGAUUGAUCGAUAUACAAAAGAUAUCGAUGGUUAUUUCGAGUCCAAUCCGACUGAACAAAUGGAACAAGAACCUAGCGAUAAUCAGAAAGAGUUUGAACAUCCGGAUAACAAACGCGCUGCAACGGAACAGCUACACACAACGAAAGCGUCGAAAAUGCCAUGCCUGGACUCACCACCUCCCGCUUCGCCGACGGGGGAAGUGGAUGCCGGUUGUACAUCAGACGACUAUCAACUGGUACCAUCAGGAGAAGCGGCAUAG